AUGAAGCUCCCUGCCUCACUGGUCCUUCUUCUCCUCGGCGGUGCCAUCGCGGCUCCCACCGACCUCUCAGGCAAGGAACCCGAUUAUGAGGUCUGCAAUUUACCCCCCGACCACAAGGGCAGGUUCAUCUCGGACACGAUGGCGUCUUGCGGGAAUUCGACGGUGACAAGAAGAGGAGCGGGAGAAACUGCACAAGCGUUUGAGGGCGUCGAUGGCUGGAACGUGAAGGAUGUCGAGAAACUUCUGUAUCCAGACGAGAAAUACUGGCCUAAGUAUGGGGACCAUGAGAAGGAGAAGAAAGACAAGUGGAGGCGAGGCGAUGGGGAAUGGUGGGAUAAGGACGGCCAUGACGGAAAGGAUGGACAUGAUGGACAUGAUGGGCAUGAUGGAAAGGACGACCAUGACGGCCAUGAUGGAUAUGGACAGGACGGAAAGGAUGGAUACGGACACGACGGAAAAGACGACCAUGACGGACAUGACGGACAUGACGGACAUGACGGACAUGACGGACAUGACGGACAUGAUGGAAAUGAGAAGUGGGAAAAGGAGGUGAAAGAAAGAGAGAAGCACGAGAAGGAAGAGAGGGAGAGAUGGGAGAAAGAAAAGUAUGAGAAGGAGGCAAGGGAGAGGUGGGAGAAAGAAAAGUACGAAAGGGAACAGAGGGAAAGGGAGAGACAUGAGAAAGAAAGGAUAGAGAAAGAGAAGGCAGAGAGGGAGAAAUGGGAAAAGGAGAAGGCAGAAAUCGAAAGACAAAAGCACGACAAGGCAGAGCAGGAGGAGAGGGAGAGACAAAAGGAACAGAGAGAGAAAGAUUGGGCGAAGCAUGAGAAGGAGGAAAAGCAACACGAGCAAUGGGAAAAGGAAGAGAGGGAGAGACAGGAGAAGCAGAAACAAAAGGAGCGGGAAGAGAAGGAAAGACAGAAGAAGGAAGAGUUGGAGAAGGAGAAGGAACGCAAGGAAAAGGAGAAGGAAGAGUGGAAGAAGGAGAAAGAUCAUGAGAAAGAGCAUGAGAAAGAGCAUGAGAAGGAGCAUGAAAAGAAGCCAGGAUGGCCCGAAUGGCCCAAGUGGCCCAAGAAGGAUGAGCACGACAAGGACUGCUAG